CAGAACAUGGCGGCGGUUUCAAACCGAGCGAAGACGCUCCUUUUUUAUCAUUAUACACACAUGAGUAGGAUGUACGAAGGGUGUUCAUAUUUUAUAUUGUACGGAACCAUAUUUAAGUAAAACUGGAACAUAAUUUGAACAAAAAAGCCGCGAUGGAUUUACCAUGAACCGCGUGAAAGAUGUUCUCGGAUGUCAUGGCUGCCGAUGGCAAAAAGUUUGGUACCGCGAAAAGGUCGAAUUACGUGCGCAGGUACCUGUACAAUGUUUUGUGCAAAAACCAGACAGUUACAGAGCAGAACCGAGUACUUCUUGUGGAGACACUGCGUUCCAUUUCAGAGAUAUUGAUCUGGGGAGACCAGAAUGACAGCAGCGUCUUUGAUUUCUUCUUGGAGAAGAAUAUGCUAACAUUCUUCUUACGGUACAUGCGACAGAAGUACGGCCGAUUUAUCUGUGUGCAGCUAUUGCAGACACUGAAUAUUCUUUUUGAUAACAUCAGCAAUGAAACUUCACUAUACUAUUUGCUGUCCAACAACCACAUCAACUGUAUCAUUGUCCAUAAGUUUGACUUCUCUGAUGAAGAGGUGAUGGCAUACUACAUAUCAUUCCUGAAGACUCUCUCAUUGAAACUGAACAAGCACACAAUCCAUUUCUUCUACAACGAGCACACCAACGACUUUGCCCUGUAUACAGAAGCCAUCAAGUUCUUCAACCACUCCGAGGGAAUGGUGAGAAUUGCUGUCAGAACAAUCACGCUCAACGUUUACAAAGUCCAGGAUGUGGCGAUGCUGCGGUAUAUUCGAGACCGGACAGCGGCCCCGUACUUCUCUAACCUUGUCUGGUUUGUGGGAAACCAUAUCCUUAAUCUGGACAUCUGUGUCAGGAACGAUAUUGACCACCAAAAUCGAGGGCGCCUGGAGACGCUGGUCGCGGAACAUUUGGACCACCUACACUACGUCAAUGACAUCCUCAUGAUCAACAUCGACACCCUGAACGACGUGUUGUCAGACCAGUUACUCAACCGCCUGCUCAUUCCGCUGUAUGUGUACUCACUGACCAAGAGGAAAAGGCACGAUCUUAGACAGCGAGGAAGGAAGUUUGUCAGUUCAGUGGUAUCACUGUUCUUGCUAUCACAGGUGUUUCUGAUUAUCCGCCAUGCCCCCUUGGUCCGUCAGCUGGCAGAGAUUAUAUUCCAUGGAGAGACAGAGACGGGCCCAGAGGACCACACAUCAGAGUCACCAAGAAUGCUGGUGCGAGAGUUCAUUGCCCCUAAUGAGACCCUGGAGGAGACCCUGGACAGCAGUCGGGGUUUGCGCCCGCGUGGGCACUCUGUGCGCGUCCAUGAAGGUAACUCCACAUUCUACGCGAGAAGCAGUGUUCCCGGCGAAAUAGCCACUGGUGCGUGGCCCGUCACACCCCUCGCCCAUGUGUCCAUAAUAUCAGAAUUACCUGCAGGUCGGCAAGAUUCAGAGGUUUUCGAAGACCAGACUUUGCCUUCCCAGAAUUCCACAGAUGAGGAAAAGAUACUGUCCACAAGGAACCAAUCACUGAGGAUUGGGGGCGGAGCUACAGCCUCACAAGGAGCAUUCUCAUUGGAUAAUAGACCAUACCUAGAGGCCAUAUUUCACGCACUAGAAUGCACAGAAAACGAUUAUGAGGCUCUGUUUGCCCUGUGUCUGCUGUAUGCUAUGGGACACAAUGAAGGUAUACAUCAGGGGUUGAUGGACUCUGUAUUCAUGCCAACUGACCGGUCAGAGCUAAAAGACAACUAUAACAUUGCCCUGGUUGAGAGACUGAUCCGAAUCCUAACGCUCGUGACACAGUCUAGCAGCAAGGUCCGUCUGGCAACUCUCGAGCUCAGUAUACGCCUUCUAAAGCAGCUUGUUUACACGCCUGGGAAAUCAUACCUUCAGGAUCGACAUCUCGCGUGUAUUGAGAACGCAAAAGAAUGCAGUGCCCAGCUUCUGAGGAACUUCUACAAGAGUGAUGACAUUUUCUUGGACAUGUUUGAAGAUGAAUACAAUGAGAUGGUGACCCGUCCCUUGAAUGUGGAGUACCUGACAAUGGACGCCUCCAUCCUGCUGCCCCCUACAGGGACCCCGCUAACUGGGAUAGACUUCAACAAGCGGCUCCCUUGCGGUGAGGUGGAGCGGGCACGCAGGGCCAUUCGAGUGUUCUUCCAGGUUAGACAACUCUCUCUCAGUUUGCUGCAAGAGGAGGAAACCCAACUGCCUCUCACCAAAGAUCGAGACUGCGUCAAGAUUGACAACAUUCUUGAUUUAAAUAACAGUGACCUCAUUGCCUGUACUGUUGUCACACAGGACAAGAAACAGAAGCGGUUCCUGGUCAUCGAUGCCUUGCAGAUGAUUCUGGUGGAACCAGAUGUGCGACGCCUUGGCUGGGGUAUAGUGACCUUCGUAGGAUUCCUGCAGAACAUUGAGGUGACAGGUGAUAAGGAGGACAGUCGCUCACUGCACAUCACAGUCCACAAGCCUGCGUCCUCCCACCUCUCACACCCUGUACCUCUGCUGGCUGCCAGGUUCAUUUUUGAUGACCACAUUCGGUGCAUGGCAGCCCGCCAGCGUCUCACAAAGGGGCGCAUGAAGGCCAGACAGCAGAAGAUGCAGAUGAUCGAGCGUCUCCUAGACAUGCCUGCCGAGGCAGUGAGUCAUGGGACAUUCACACGGUCCACACCCAUACCUGGUCGUUGUCAUCCAGUGCGUGUGACCGCCAGUGCCACUGAGCAAAGAGUGGUUCCUGUGCCAGGGAACCCCCCUCCAAGCCAAUCAGCUGUUAGCAUAGCUGGGCCAGAGGUAAAUCUGCGGCAACAUGACCUUAGCAAUGAUGAUGAUCAGUCAGCCGUGGCCCAGAGGAGAAAUACCAUAUAUGUGGAGAAUGGAACAGAAAUUCUGGUGCUUGAAAGUGCUGGGGAGACAGAUGACUGUGAAGACGUAUCAGAGGAUGUGGAAGUCGCUCUCGAGGCAACAUCAGAGAUGGCGUUUCAAACGCUUCACAACGCGUCCAAAGACGUUGCUUAUAGGCGCGAUUCCACAACUCAGGAGAGUUCCUUUCCACCGCAGGAAAUUCCUCUUGAAGAUUUGUCAAAGAAAAGCCUGAUGAAAAAGAAAGAGCAGCUGACGAGAGCGCGUUUGACAAAGUCAAGGUUGACAGCAGAGCUUAAGAAGCAGCAGGACCCACCACGCAGCAGUUCUAACAGUCCUAGUCGAAGCGACUCAGAUGGGAUGAGAUCCAAACGUGGCAGGUCAACCUCAUUGACGGUUGAUAACAAAGUUUCCCCAAAUAGGAGUCGCAGUGGUACACCAGAGAAAAGAUGUCAUAGUGAUAGCAGUCCCUUACCUUACUCUAAUUCUUCAGGGGCUAGUCGAACAAGAUCAAAGCAUUCGUUAUAUAAAGAAACUGAGACUCAAACAGCCUUUACCAUUGCAGUGAAAGAGAAAACACAAAAGGAUGCCAGUACUUCUAGUCAGAAUUUAAGUGUCACUGGUAAUACUGCACCGAAAUCCUUACAGCCCGCUCCCUCUCCUGUUGUGUCCCUUGUGCAAGGGACAGAACAAACCAUAGACUCCCCAAAAAUCUUGCCUCCUGUGGAUUGUGAUCGUAUUCGAUCGAGUAGUGACUUAUCGAACGCUAGCACAUGCAGUGAAGCUUCUGUUAUUAGCCUUAGUUCUGAUUUGUCAGAUAGGCCCAUUUUAGGGCUGAAUGUGCCAAUAGGAGCUGGGACUGCGAUGUCAACUGCAACUGUUACCAUAGAGACUGUUGCUAUGCCCGCUGUUGUUAAGGAAAGGUCAUCGUCUGACAGACUCACUGAAUUGGCUCAGAUGGUGCAACAGUAUAAAUUUGAGGGACACAACGAUGAUAAUAAUGCUAUUGAUGAUUAAGCAAUAUGAAGUAUGAUUAAUAUUCUUGCAUAUGAAGUAUUUGUUAAUUAUAUACUAGAAGUUUAUGAGAAACCGUUUUUAAAAAUGUUAAUUAAAAAUGCUGAUAUUGGUUAAUGAAGAAUAUUCUUGUGAACAUUCUUUUUUUUAAUUGCCUUUAUUUGUUGAUGUUAUUUUAUUUAUAUUCUGUGUGAUUAAUAUUUUUUAUUUCAAUGUAAUCAUGUAACAAAGGGAUCAACUCAUUCAGGUUAUUUAUUAAACAAAUGCGUUCUAUUUUAUGUAACUUAUUUUAUGCUUUUUUUCCCUAAAUUUAUGUUGAUUUCACACUUUUUGAAUUACUCAGAAAAAUGACAUUUCAUUUGUUUUCAUUAUCAAAAUGUGCGCAUGUUCCGUAUGUGGGCUGUUUAACUCAUUUGAAAUAUGAUUGUGUUUUGAAGUUUUUUAUUCAAUCAAUUACAUCAAAGCAAAAUUUUGUUUGAGUGUAUAAUAUUUUAGAUAUCAAAGUUUUGUGCAACUUUGUUAAUCAAUUUUCACAAUUGGUUCAAAAAGUAUUGGGAAACAAAAGGAAAUUAUGAAUCAUAAAAGGCAUUUGUUGCCAAAAUAAGUUUUAUAUCAAAUUCAUAAAGCUGUCUUUAAGUUCAAUUUUAAUUCAAGUCAUUUUUUAUUGUGAUAUAUGAGCCCACCAACACAAACUCUUCAUCUUGAUGGAACUUUUUCAGAAUGUUUAUCUUGACAAUGAAAAAAUCAAUGUUAUUUCAAUUUUUCAUUUUAAUUUUAUUAUCUGAACAUAAUUUUAUCAUUAUAUAUAUAUUGUUUAAUGGUUAAAAAAAGUAUGUGCAAUAAUGUAUUGCUUUUUACACAAUGGUUUACUGUGUUAUUAUGAGUAGGAACAAUACUUAAAUGUUAAAUUACAAUAUUUAUGAUUUGUAAAUAUCAUGGUGUUAAUUAUUGUUUGGAUUAUGACUGUAAUAAUAAUUGAAAAUAUUAACAUG